AAGGAAUCGAGGUGCCGUCUUGCUCUUCAAUUUGGAGAAAAUUAGAUAAAAAAAGUAUACCCAUCCCCAAUCAGGGCAUUUUCAAUCUGGAUCAUUCCCCAAUCUUUAGACCGUCAAUCUCACCUCAUCCCCCCCCCCCACCGAAUCGCGCGAAAUUCAAAUCGUAGCUUUUUUCUCCCACGGGUGGUGCAGUCCAUUCCAGUCCCUCCUGCUGAAGAAAUCCGGCUUAAAUCAUAUAUUCAUCUCUCCCGACGCGGCUGGUGGGAAUGAAGCUCCGCACAGCUUUGAGCCCAAGGUUGGUUUUGAUUAUCACUGGGCCCCUAAAUCUUCCGCAGAAAAAACUUUCGACUCUCCAACACCUAAGCCUCCCCCCAGGAUCAUCACAGCACCAUCUUCCCAAUCAAAACCAUCUUCCGAACCCACCAUCAUCAGACUGGUCGUAUCAAUUGUGGAACUGUGUAUCCCAAAGAAAGUAUGAGGAAGCCAUUUUGCUCUAUGCCCGAAGCCGUUUUGCAGGAAACUCUGUGUUAUUAGGUGCCGUGCCUCUGGUGCUGAAGUCUUGCGCCUCACUCUCUGAUCUUGUUCUUGGCAAUGCUUUACACGCCGAGUGUGUAAAGUCAGGGGUGGAAUUCGAUGUUAUGGUGGGCACUUCAUUGGUUGACAUGUAUGGUAAAUGUGGUGAUAUUGCGAGUGCCUGCAAGGUGUUUGAUCAUAUGCCCAACAGAAAUGUUAUCACGUCGAAUGCAAUGGUAUGUGGGUACAUGAAGAAUGGGGAUACAGGCUCUGCACUCCUGCUGUUUGAGAGAAUGUCGGAGAGAAGCUCCGUAACUUGGAAUGAAAUGAUCCAUGGCUUUUGGAGAAAUGGCAAUGUAGUGAUGGCAAAGCUCUUCUUUGAUAAGGUUCCGAAUGAGCUGAGAAAUGUGGUGACGUGGACUGUGAUGGUCGAUGGUUAUGCUAGCAGUGGGGACAUGGAUGCUGCAAGGGAAGUGUUUGAGGGGAUGCCGGGAAAAAACUUUUAUGUCUGGUCGUCGAUGAUAUCGGGGUAUUUCAAGAAGGGUGAUGAUAAGAAUGCUGAAGCCAUUUUUGAGAUGAUGACUUCAAAGAAUUUGGUAGUUUGGAAUUCACUUAUUUCUGGAUAUACGCAAAAUGGGAUGUGCAAGGAGGCUUUGGGGGGCUUUAAAAGAAUGCAAGAUGAAGGUUUCGAACCCGAUGAGGUUACAAUGGUCAGUGCUUUAUCGGCAUCUGCUCAGCUGGCUUCAUUGGACGUCGGCAAGGAAAUACACGAGAUGAUCAUUCAGAAGGGUGUUAAGCUGAACCGGUUUGUUCUGAAUGGGUUGGUUGACAUGUAUGCCAAGUGUGGCGAUCUGAGGAAUGCGAGACUGAUCUUUGAAGGAAUGCCCCAUAAAAAUGAUGCUGCAUGGAACUCAAUGAUCUCUGCUUUUGCCGUUCAUGGACAGCCUAAGGAGGCUAUUGACUUUUUCACACGAAUGGUCAACUCUCCCGGUGUGACUCCUAACGAGAUAACAUUCCUUUCAGUUCUGACAGCGUGUGCACAUGGUGGGUUCGUAGACGAAGGUAUGAAGAUUUUCUAUAAAAUGGAGAUGAUGGGGUUGGUAGCAAACAUCAAGCAUUAUGGUUGUUUAGUUGACCUUUUAGGAAGGGCAGGAAAACUAGAGGAGGCUCUUGAUUUGAUCAAGGAGAUGCCUCUGAGCCCAAAUGACACGGUUUUGGGCUCUCUACUAGGGGCAUGCCGAACUCACUGCAACAUGGACAUGGCAGAACUUGUGCUUGAAGAGAUCAAAGAAAUGAACUCUAGGAGCCACUCUUGCGACGAUGCCCAUUAUGUGUCACUCUCCAACAUUUAUGCUGCCUCUGAACGGUGGGAAGAAGCCGAACACACGAGAUUUUCCUUGUCAAAUAAAGGGUCCGAAAAGAUGCCUGGGUGCAGUUCAGUCAUGCUUGAAGUCCCUGGCUCUGUUUGUUUUGAGUGACCUUUGCCACCAAGACGGAUCCCAGCGCAAAGAAAGGAGAUUGGAGCUGUUAUAGACGGUUUUGUGCCAAGGCAUUUGACUAAUUUCGAUCCCGGGUAAAUAUAAAGAUCCAGCGGAUAAACUUGUUGAAAAUCGGAUGAUAAGAAAAGGAAAUGGAUAAG